GCAACCGCCGCGCCCCCGUUAAUCACUCCUCCCCGAGUUCUCCUAUUUUUUUCAAACUCCCCCCAACUGACGGCCACCGCAAAUGGUAGGGGAUCGAUCCCCUUAAUUAUUGCUGAAACCUGCCGGAAUCCAAUGAGGUAGUAUUUGCGUUGAGGCCCUAUACAUAGCCGCCAUUUGCAUCUGCAGUUCAGAGCGCAGCCCCGUUCAGUCCCAGUCCCGCAGACACGGCAGGAGGCGACGCCGCCCGACGACGGCGAGAGCGAACCACCGCCGCCGCCGCCGCGCCGUCGUGUUAGUGCAGGUUACAAAGUGUGAAAAUGUCAGAAAGGGCUUUGAAAGAUCUCAAUAUUGCUCAAUCAGCAGAUCUGGAGAAAGGAAAAGACAAUUCUGUGAAAUCCUGCAUCACCAAGCCUGUGUUAAAUGGCAACAAAUGUGCCAACAAGGAAGAAAAAGCUCUGUCAGCUUGCCAAGAUGCUGUUGCUAAUGGAAAUGAGGCUGUAAUUGCAGAUGUGGAGUACAUUGAUUCUGAAAAUCUAGUAGAUCUCCCAGAUGUCAAUGGAGCUCUAAGUACCUUAGCUAAAAGGUUGGAUUCAAAGGACUGGGUUAUGACAUGUGAAGCUCUAAACAAUGUUCGCCAGUUGGCAAUGUAUCACAAGGAGCGACUGCAGGAGCUUCUGGAGCCUCUAGUUCCUCUUAUUGUUAAAUCUGUGAAGAAUCCAAGAAGUGCUGUAUGCAAAACAGCACUGAUGACUUGUGCUGACAUCUUUAAGGCCUAUGGUGACUUAAUGGUUGACUCAAUUGAUCCACUGCUAGUACAGCUGUUUUUAAAGGCUUCACAAGAUAAGCGAUUUGUUUGUGAAGUUGCUGAGGCAGCUCUUAUAUCAAUGACAAGUUGGAUCUCCCCUUUGCUACUGUUGCCAAGAAUGCAGCCUUACCUCAAGAACAAGAAUCCACGGAUUCGAGCAAAAGCAUCAGUGUGUUUCAGCAAAAGUGUACCUCGCCUUGAUGUGGUGGGAAUCAAAGAAUAUGGUAUGGAUAAACUCAUCCAGAUUGCAGCAACCCAACUUAGUGACCAGCUUCCGGAAUCAAGGGAGGCUGCUCGCAACCUGGCACUGGAACUACAAGUAUUCUAUGAGAAGUCUCAGGCCUCAACUUCUGACGAACACGAGGGCGAGCCUUCUGCCUCACCAGAUGCUGAAUCAUGGGAGGCCUUCUGCCAGUCCAAGCUCUCUGCGUUAAGCGCCCAAGCCAUUCUUCGUGUGACCCCUACUACAAAAGAGGGUGUGACCUCUACCACUACAAAAGAGGGUGUCACCUCUGCCCCAAAAGAAGGCUUGGCCGUGGGUUGCUAGCAUAAGCCACAAGGAGAGAUUGCGAUUUUUCAACCCCUUCACUUUCUUGCUGUAUAUGCCUUUGGUUGGUCCUUCGUUACAUCCAGUCGUUGAAAAAAAAAAUCACCGGUUCAGGAAUUCAGGUGUGACCACGGUGUUAAUAUUGGUGUGAGAUAUAUCCAUUAUAGUUGACUGUACAAUCAUUGCGUUCCACUACUUGCUAUUGAUUGGUCAAGUGAAUGUAGAUCCAUGGUUCAGUGCUAUAUAACAGUCUUUUUUUUCCUUUCCCUUCCAGUGCUGGUUCUGUUAUUUUGAAGGAAAUGACAUUUUUUUGUGUUUCAGAACUCGAUGUUGAUUACUGUC